AUGGCAUUUGAAGAAAUAUAUGAAUACAUCGAGAAAGACACAUUUCUCAAAUACUUUCGUCUAGCAAUAGUCAUCUGUGCAUAUCUCAUAUUCCGUAAAUAUUACUCACAAUGGGCAGCCAAGAAGCAAAGUGAACACCAACAAAAAUUGGAUGAAAAGGAAAAAGCAGAAAAACCAGCGAGAGACGCUGAAGCUCAGAGGCAAUUGGAGGAGAGUUUGGAGAAAGAGGCCAAUGAAUUUGGUUGGGGUAAAAAGACUAGAAAGAAUGUAAAGACGACUCAAGCUGUUUUGGAGCAGUUGGCCGAAGAAACCAGACAAAGACAUCAAACUGCAUACGAUGCACAAGAAGAUGCUGAUAUUGAGGAUUUGUUAGAGGAUUGA